AUGGAUAGACUAGAAAGACCUAUUCGCAUUCCACCACAGUUUGUUGAUUACGUAAACAAGCAUUCGAUAUUUGAAAUACAAAAGGAACUCUUGAAGCGUCUUAUUAUAUGGAGACCGCCAGAUCCCAUAACAUUUCUUAUUGAUGUACUUAAAUCUGAGUCACUUAAUAGCGUAGGCCCAUCCAUUUUUAUACUUGGGCCGCCCUGUGUUGGCAAGCACACACUGGGAAGACAUGUGGCUCGUAAACUAAACUGCGUUCACAUACCUGUGAGAGCUCUGCGACAGGCCGCCGAAGAUAAUCUCAUCAGACAGAAUAACGAAGGUGCAAUUUUCUACGCCGAUUAUUUAAGAAAACGAAUUGAGGAGAAAGAUUGUAAAACAAUGGGUUAUGUGUUAACUGGUUUCCCGAUGACUGAGGAGGAAGGAAAGGCUCUACAAAUCUUCGGAAUAUUUCCAGAAAAAAUUAUCGUCCUUAAUGCUUCAGACAAUGUACUUAGGAGUCGAGUAUCUGGAAAAGUCAUUGAUAGACUCACUAAAGAACCAUACCAUAAGCUCUACAACCCUCCAUCGGACCCCGAAGUUGAGAGUCGUCUGGUUCCAGCAGACGAUGCUUCCGACAUAGACUGUCGCAUUGCAGAGUUUAGACAUCACUUCAUUGCAAUCGGCCAAAUGUACACAGAUAUCAUCGUGAACUUGCGGGGGGACCAGCCGCUGUCCGACCUCUACUCUCAGGCCAUCUGCCAUCUUUCUCGGCCAGCCCGCAACCCAGCCAUGUGGACGCCGCGCGUACUCCUUCUUGGCUUCUCGGGUUCGGGUCGCAAAACCGUCGCCGAUAAAUUGGCCGAACGCUACGAACUCAUACCUGUGCAUUGUGGUACUCUUAUUCGUAGGGAAGUUAUAAGGGAGACAAAACUUGGCACUGCAAUGAAAAUCUACGUCGAUGCUCAUAGCUCAGGUAAAAACAAAGAUUUCGCUAUGUUGUAUCAAUGUAUAUUUGAACAAAAAUACAUGCUUCAAUGUCCACUUCCCGAUGAGAUGGUGAUCAAACUGUUACAAGCGCGUCUGUCGGAGCUCGACUGUACCCUGAAAGGGUGGGUGCUCUUCGGUUUUCCGCGAACGCGUCUGCAAGCACAAAUGCUGGACGAGGUGGACCUUGCACCAAAUCGGGUCCUCCUCCUUAACAUCGGACACAAUGACGCUGCAGCACGUCUAAACGUGCGCCGGGUGGAUGUGGUGACGGGCGCACGUUACGACCUCUGCCUUGCGCCGCCACCCGAGCCGCCAGUACCCAUGCUGGAACGCGUAGCGGGCCGGGUGGGGCGCCCGCCGGGCAUGGCAGAAUGUGAAGUGAGCCUCAAGUUGACCCGCCACGCUGCUCACCGUGACGAACUUGUCGAGUAUUAUGGCCCUCGGGUGCUUAACGUGAACGCGGACAGAGAGAAGGAAACGGUAUUCGAGCAGGUCGAGUCCUUCCUCGUCAACAAAAUGCCGCGUCCGGCUAGAAUUAACCCCUUGGCAAAUUUGAAAGAUGAAGAGAAAGCGAUUCUGGAAGAGUACUUCCAACAACAUCAUAUUAUGGAAAUUUUUGAGUCGAACGGUAAUUUCCUCAAGGCUCUAUUAGCUGGUCUCUGUGUUAUGCUUCCACCAAGGCCUCGAGAUUGGCUAAAGGACAGUCUGAAAGUUCUUUCUUCUGCUCCAUUUCUUCAACUGAGCAGUGAUGUUCUCAUCCCCGAGCAAAUUCGGCCCCUCACUACAGGACCUUGGAGACGCUUUGACUAUCGCGAUUUCAUGCUCCAUCACCUCGGCCCACCGGUAGAUCCCUGGAAAAUGACUAUUGCAAGGGAAUUCUCAAAGAGGAAUGACCAAAGAAAAUGUCUAAGAAAGUGGAAAGGUUUGAUCGAGGACACAAAGGAGACUGAAUCAACAGAUGAUUGGGUGUUUACAGCUCGGAUUUGCUAUGCGCGAAAAACAAUGGGAAAAUUCCUAUUUGUGUGGAGAGAUUAUGUACAAAGGCGAAAAACAAAUAUUAGAGCAUUCUGUGACAUGAUGAAGGAGGUGGAGAGGAAUAUUCGCUUGAGCAUGUCAUUCCAGUCGUUAAAGGCUUCGGUAUUUGGUGCAGCCCAAAUUUUACCAAGAGGUGUCUGCCGGUUCCAAAGAGACUGGCUUACUGAAUUGCCAGACCGCAUUCAAAGGAUGAUAUUCUCCCACUUGACUCCCAUUGAUUUUGCGAGAUGUGCUCUGGUGAACCAAGCCUGGAAAGUAGCUGUCGACCUUAAUGCGGCCGCAGUUGACCUUGACCUUUCUGAGAUUCCCAAUCGCGCCACCAAUGCAUUGAUGCUAAAGUUGUUGCAUCAGCGGAGGAAAAAAGUCAGAAAAAUUAAUCUAGCCAAUUGUUCUUUGCUUACUUCAUCCGGACUCGCAGCACUCACGCUGUGUGCCAAUCUACAAGUAGUGAAUUUGGACAAUUGCUCCAACGUGACUGUGACGUCGCUUGGUUUGAUCACCUUUGCCCAAGCUAUGGGUGGUAUUCGAAGGUGGAUUUUGAAUAAUUUGCCCCAACUAAACGAUAAGGUUUUAGAGACAAUUGGUUCGCGAACUGCGUUGGAAAGUCUUGAAUGCAGACAUAGCACAACACCUACAAAACACUCGGUGAUUCAAAAACAAAUAGCUUAUUUUGAAAAGAAUGAUUUACAGAUGAAGCGAGUCACAAGCGAAGGUGGUACCAUCAAAAUUUCGAGUAGUAAACUGAAGAGCCUUUGCAUACACGGUGAUAAUUGGCUGAUGGAUUUUGGAUUUAGACGCUUGUACCCUGAAAAGUUGACAAAAUUGGUUGUUGUCAACUGUCCCAACGUGGAAGACCAAAUAAUUGGGCGACUGGUAAAACUUGAGAAUUUGAGAUGCCUUAAUCUCUCACACUGCUAUCGUCUAACAGACAGAUGCGCUGCACUGAUAUGCGGGUCAAGUUAUGCCAGUAGGCUACAGGAACUCUACCUGGCUUACUGCUACAAGCUCACAGACAGUGGAAUAUCGCCUCUUAUACAGAAAAUGGCGAGUUUGUUCUACCUAAGUUUGGAGGGAUGCUCCGCUCUAACAGAUGAGGCUUUGAUUGGAGUAAGAAAUUGCAGAAAUUUGUGUUGGAUUAACAUUUCUAGAACGUGCCUAGGCGAUACGUUGGACAUAAUUGUUCUCCUCGUACAAGUCGCCCAAGUUCACUCCAUCCGACAAUAA